AAAUAUUGCUCUUCCAUGUGUAGCCUAGUGAAACCGAGAUUGAGAGUGCGCGUCUUUGGCAGAUUCGAAUUCUCAAAGCCAAAAGUCACUCCAACUCCUAUUAUACUUACCCGAAUACCUCAUUUUGCUCCGAUUUCUGCAGCAAUGGAGGACUCGAGAAAGUUAAAGAACAAGAAAAGAAAUGUUCAACUGAUUAGCAAAGAACAAGAAAUAGUAGUUGACAUUGAAGAUAUAUUUAUUGACAAAGAGACCCAGAAAAUAAGGGAGUCAUUACUUGAGUGGUAUGACCAAAACCAAAGACAACUCCCAUGGAGAAGGCAAAAAACAACAAACCCAUCUCAAGAAAGUGAAGAAGAGAAAGAAAAGAGAGCCUAUGGAAUAUGGGUAUCUGAAGUAAUGCUUCAACAGACAAGAGUUCAGACUGUCAUUGAUUACUAUAAUCGUUGGAUGUUAAAAUGGCCCACUAUUCACCAUUUAGCUCAGGCUUCUCUUGAGGAGGUGAAUGAGAUAUGGGCAGGUCUAGGGUAUUAUAGGCGGGCACGUUUUCUGUUGGAGGGAGCUAAAAUGAUCGUCGCUGGGGGUGGAUUUCCUAAUACAGUGUCUUCAUUAAGGAAGGUCCCAGGAAUAGGAGACUAUACAGCUGGUGCAAUUGCUUCUAUAGCAUUUAAAGAAGUGGUACCUGUGGUUGAUGGGAAUGUUGUAAGAGUGCUUACUAGGUUGAGAGCUAUUUCUGCAAAUCCGAAAGACUCCAUGACUGUCAAGAAGUUAUGGAAACUAGCAGCUCAACUAGUUGAUCCUUGCCGUCCUGGGGAUUUCAAUCAGUCUCUGAUGGAACUUGGUGCAACUGUCUGCGCUCCGUCAAACCCAAGCUGCUCUUCAUGUCCUGUUUCCAGCCAAUGUCGUGUACUUUCAAUUUCCAAUCAAGAUAAGUCAAUUUUGGUUACAGACUAUCCUACCAAGGUUGUAAAGGUGAAACCAAAACAUGAAUUUUCUGCUGUUUGUGUGGUGGAGAUACUAGGAAGCUGUGGUCCAGUUGACAAUCAGAAAACUGAUAGCAAAUUUCUUCUCGUAAAGAGGCCAGAUGAUGGUUUGCUUGCUGGUCUCUGGGAGUUCCCAACUUGCAGGUUGGAUAAAGAAGCUGAUUUAAUUACAAGGAGAAAUGAAAUUGAUCACUUUAUGAAAAAAUCAUUCAGACUUGAUCCAGAAAAGACAUAUAGCAUGGUUCUGAGAGAAGAUAUUGGAGAAUUCGUUCACAUUUUUACUCACAUCCGUCUCAAGGUUUACGUGGACUUGCUGGUAAUACGUCUUAAAGGUGGGAUGAGUCAGCUCUUCCGUAAGCAAGAAAAAGAAGCUACAAACUGGAAAUGUGUGGAGAAGAAGGCCCUUCCAAAUUUGGGAUUGACAUCUGGAGUAAGAAAGGUCUACACUAUGGUUGAAAAGUUUAAACAGCAGAAGCUAUCAACUGAUUCUGGACCACCAAGAAAAAGAAUGAGCUCCAGGACCAGGAACCAUUGAAAAUUAGAUCUGAUUUACCCAUUGUUUGAAAUCAGCAAACAAAAAUAUUAAUGCUAGAACAUCUUUCCUUUCUUUCUUUC